AUGCUGAAGAACAACGGCAGCUACGAGAAAGUCCUUAACAAAAUGCCUGUGGUCGACCUUCAUCACCAGCGAAGUCAAACUGCGAGUCUACCUAUCCGCAAUUCGCCCUAUCAUGAUAUUUGGAUGGGGACUUGGGCAACACCGUCUGCGGUGAUGGAGAGGCUUGAUUGCACGGAAAGGAAGCUGCUCAGACGGCUUUCUGGGAUAUGGGAUAGCGACGAAUGGAUUGGUUCUGUGCAAGUUCUCGCAGAAGAUCGAGAAGGUUGGGCCGAGCUAUGUUUAUGGACGACAUACAUCGGCGAAGAUGAGGGUAAUCGCGUCACCGAUGACAUCAGCCCGCCGACUAAGUCAAGUAUAGUGCUGCAAGUUAGAGGAGGACCUGCUGCAAAUAGAUUAAGAACCUUUAUCAGCGCCUCGAUAUAUGUGGUUCAAGGGAACUAUUAUAAGGUAGAGAAGAGCAUCAAUGAAUCGAUCCUUGAUACUAGUGCUUGGAAUGAAAUUUGGUAUGCAAUACUCGGACAAGAGAUCAAAGAAAGAUAA